GGGUCGGUGUGUGUGUGCGGCUGUGCGUGUGGGUGUCGGCGCAUGCGCGGCGGCGAGCCCUCCCGCUCUUUGUUGACAAGCCACAGCUGGCCGAGUCCCUCGCUGCACUGUGCCCGCGAGGUCUGCGCAAGACGCACGCUCCACGCGCAAGCUCAUACAAUCUUUACAUCGCAAUCGCCAGCUAAAUUUAGUGCACUUGUUUUUCAUUUUUAUGCCACUUGUGCGCAAUAUCCAAGUGUUCAGUGAAGUUUUGUGCCCAGCAUUCGUCUGUUUUACGGAGAUUUCUCUGCAACUUCUAAAAUUACACGUUCGCCACUGUACUGCGCCAGAAGAGGGUGGCGGGUUGGAGUGCGCGGGCGCGGCGGCGCGGCAGCUGACCGGCACAUGUGGGCGGCUGGCGGGUGCUGCUCGCGGCAGACAGGUAGUCGACACUCAUGCGAGACACUCACGCGACAGGGGGCCCCGCCGCGGCGGCGCGCACUCCCGUCAAGACGUUCCAGGCGUACCUCCCGCCGUCGCACCGCACCUACAGCUGCAUCCACUGCCGCGCGCACCUGGCCAGCCAUGACGAGCUCAUAUCUAAGUCGUUUCAAGGGAGCCAGGGGCGUGCAUACCUCUUCAAUUCAGUUGUGAACGUGGGCUGCGGGCCGGCGGAGGAGCGCGUGCUGCUGACGGGGCUGCACGCCGUGGCCGACAUCUACUGCGAGUGCUGCAAAACUAUGCUCGGCUGGAAAUAUGAGCACGCAUUCGAAUCGAGUCAAAAAUACAAGGAGGGCAAGUUCAUAAUAGAACUGGCUCACAUGGUGAAGGAGAACGGGUGGGACUAGGCGCGCGGGGUCGGUCGAGCCCGCGCGCCGCCAAACGAACUGUGGAGUGAGUGAGAAAGACUGACGGGACUCCUGUGGUUAGAAAGGGACACCGAUACUGUCAAUUGUCGCGAUGAUCUCUGAUUCCGCCUGUAAUCUGUGUACGGACUGCGUGGAAUGAGGCGCCAUCAUCGGUACUUGGUCGAGCCGUCUUGAUGAAGAGAGAGGCUGCCUUACAGCGUCUCGUAACAUAACCCACAAAUGUGAUAGAUUUUUCGUGUUCUGGAAACUCCUGCGCUGGGUUUGUGUUGAACGGUAGUUUAAUAUUGGCGUUCAACACAUACGCAGCGUGUAUUGGCAGCGCUCGCGCGCUCGAAGCGUGUUGAACACGAGACACGCAGCACCACCACCGCCGGCACUGCGCUGGGCUAGCUUCACACGGAACCGUAGAGUAUUUUUGUCACAUGAUUAUUAUUAAUCCGCUGGAGGCUAACCCGACGGCAGCGCCUAUCACCACCACCUGUGUGUCGCCUUAUAUGCUCUUUAUGUAUUAGAAGGCUUCGCGCUUCAACACCGCCAGUCAACGUAUUGUAAUGUAAUUUUAUACAUAAGUUAUCGAUCUCAUCGUGACGCCCCCACAGCGGGCAGUUUGGGCUUAGAAUUUAAAACAUUUAACUUUAAUAUCGAUUUAUGUUUGGUGUCGAGCGCUGCGCCGCUGAGUAAGUUGUAUUAGUUUUUAUAUAACCGCAUGGAGAGAACACUAAUAUUUUCUCUUGUCCCCUUAACCUGUGAUAAGUAUGUUAGUAUAGAAUUUUAGAAUUUCUUGAAGGAAUUGUUGUCAAGAAGUUGCUCAGAUACGACAGUACGUUCCUAACGAUCAGCUUUUUUAUUCUUUCGCAAGGAAACUAGUCGAAUCGUCUAUGUUUUUGGGAAACAUUUUUGUUCAGUUUAUUUAAAUUUUUACGUUUUAGUGAUUUUAGUUUUAGUUCAAUUGAUAUUUCGGCUGCUUCCUCGGAAAUAUAUACUUUUUGUAUAUUUA